GGGAUGCGGGAGAGAGCGCGGGGGGCGGGCUGCCGGCAGUCGCCUGGGCAACCUGCCUCCAUCUCCUGCCUUGCCCGGGCGGGGACACCCCGGAGGUACCCGGCGGGACGAGGGGAAUGCGAAGGCGGGGGACGCGGGGGGCGCCGUCCCUCCCGCCCCGCCUCGGUGCCCGGACUGCAGCAUCCCGCCCGCCGCAGUACCCGCAGCGCCGGGGCCGGGCCGCGCCACCGGCCGGGGAGGCGGGGGGGGGUCCGCGCCGGCACAGCCCCGGAGGAUGGGGGGUCCCCUCGCCGCGGCCACCGCCAGCGGAAUGCCGCACGCCUGAGAGACAAGGGGAAAGGGUCUGGAUCCUUCUGGUCAUCUGACUCAGGUCAAGAAGGACUUCGCAUUGCCAACAGCCCGCGGAACCCACCGGAGCAUCUCCCAGUGCCUGCUGCUGCCCCACGGGAGGGAGGAGGGAGGCUCUUUCAAUCCCUGGAGGAUUGAGAGGCUGGCCCCCUUCCGCAGCAGUCCAUGGACCACCACCCAGCAUGAGCGCCGACAGCGAGCAGCUCCCAGCGGGGGCCCAGGUGGCCGGCGUGCCCCUCUGGACUGUAUCCAGCUGGGCCGCCUCUGAGGUGCCCCCCAACACCAGCACGGCUGCAGGGGGGGCCGGCCGGCAGCAGGGGCAGGCGGAGUGGGGCAGCAAGACGGGCGAGAUCGUGGGCAUGGUGGUGAUUCAGUGUAUCUACGCCCUGGUGUGCCUGCUGGGGCUGCUGGGCAACUCCCUGGUGAUUUUCGUCAUCCUGCGCUACGCCAAGAUGAAGACGGCCACCAACAUCUACCUGCUCAACCUGGCCAUUGCCGACGAACUCUUCAUGCUCAGCAUCCCCUUUGUGGCCACAUCGGCAGCCCUGCACCACUGGCCCUUUGGACGGGCUCUGUGCCGCACUGUGCUGGGUGUUGAUGGGCUCAACAUGUUCACCAGCGUCUUCUGCUUGACCGUCCUCAGCCUGGACCGCUACAUCGCGGUGGUGCACCCGUUGCGGGCAGCCACCUACCGCCGUCCUCGGGUGGCCAAGAUGGUCAACGGGGGCGUGUGGCUCCUCUCCUUGUUGGUGGCUUCGCCCAUCCCCAUCUUUGCCGGUACAGCAACCACCCGUGAUGGCCAGGCAGUGGCCUGCAACCUCCUGUGGCCAAGCCCAACCUGGUCAGCUGCUUUUGUGGUCUACACCACCUUGCUGGGCUUCCUGCUGCCGGUGCUGGCCAUGGGGCUGUGCUACCUGCUGAUCGUGGGCAAGAUGCGGGCAGUGGCGCAGCGGGUGGGCUGGCAGCAGCGCCGGCGCUCUGAGGGCAAGCUGACGCGCCUAGUGCUGAUGGUGGUUGCCAUGUUCGUGGUCUGCUGGAUGCCCUUCUACGUGGUGCAGCUGGUCAACCUCCUGCUGCCUGGCCGCCUGGAUGCCACCGUCAACAACGCCUCCCUCAUCCUCAGCUACUCCAACAGCUGCGCCAACCCCAUCCUCUACGGCUUCCUCUCUGAAAAUUUCCGGCACUCCUUCCAUGGCGUGCUGCGCCGCUGCCUCGACGCCAGCCUCUGCUGCUGCCACGCCGGUGAGGGGGCCGCCGAGGAGGAGGAGGAGGAGGAAGAGCCCCUCGACUACUGCGCCGCUCCCCGAGGGGACGACAAGGGCAAGGGCUGCAUGUGCCCACCCCUGCCCUGCCAGCAGGAGCCUGUGCACCCCGAGCCCUGCUGUAAGCCUGGACCCCUCCUCACAAAGACCACCACCUUCUAGGGUGCCCCACGCCUCGCCAGCCCCCGGGCAGGCAUCUCCACCAGGCACGGGCAAAGGGGACCCCGGCCGGAGAGAGGGCAAACUGCCAUGCCCCGUGCCGCCGGCCCUCAUUUGUGCUGUGCAGUUCGACAAAAUAAAAAGCCAUAAGUCUGGCCCCAUGAUACAGUUAAUUACGUCGACCGAGUAAUUUUUGCCGUUACCUUCGUUGGGAUCGGGGACGGUGAGGAUUUCCAAGUGCAUUAGCGAACAGUGACUAGCCAUGGGGCGGGUGCCCCUCCGGAAUAAUAAAACACAAACUUCCCAUUCCUUCCCAAGACGCGCUCUGAAAGAUGGAGAACAGCCCUAAAGCCCAUCAGCCCCGCUACAUCUCUACCAGGCUGAGGAGGUAGGACCGGACUGGACUUCUACAGGAGCUCUGCAGCACGUGGAGAGCACGGGAUCAAUCUGACCCCUUUGGGUUCCUCUUAUGUUAAAAAAAAAAAGGGGGGGGGGGGGUUCCGAGCAGCUGAGAUCAGAGCUUGAGCCUACACAAACUAAGACGUGGCUGGUGCCGGGGAGUCCCAAACCUCACUUCAGCUAAUGGGGAAAGGAAAAAAACUUAGGUCCCACCAAUAAACCUCCCCCACCCCUCCCAAAUUCCCAGGCAAAGGGAUUUUAGCACGCACAAGACCAAAACUAUACUUUCCACAAGAAAACCCAGGAGAACCAAAUGUCGCUGUCUUUGCCACAGGUAAAUACCAAUGGAUCCAUAGAAACUUCGAGCUGAAGGACAGCACUGGGGCUAUACCGGCUUGGCCGCACUGAGGUAGCAUUAAAUUAACCAUUUCCAGCUUAUUUCAUUUUAACUUUGUCCUUUUAAUGUUAUUCUUGUUCUCCAUUAUUUAUGGCUCAUUCCUUCUAUUUUAAUCACACUGGUGAAGUAACCAGCAGGGCAAUGUUUUCAGCCUGACACUCCGCUAAGAGCCCAUAGCUCCUUUUCUUAUUUUUUUUUUUUUUAUUUUGGCUCCACUGUGGUUUGUGACUUCUGGAGCUCCGGCUGCAAGACGGGGCUGGUGCUCGGUGAGGAAAACCAGUCAUUUUAGGGUGGGGGAGAAAGAAUAAUUCAUUAGCAGCUUUCUAUAAACCAGAUUGUAAAAGCUUUAUUGGUCUACACACAAAAUCACCAUGUGAUUGUGCAUUGCGUAGGGUAUAUUUCCAAUAAAUAAAUAAGUAUUUACAAAUGUGCCGGGUGUAUAAAACAGCGGAUUGAACCAUUUACAAUUAGGAAAGCUACAGUUCAUACACACAUUAUCUUUUUAUUUUCCUUGGAGGCUGCAACGUAGCUCUAUCAUACUGGG